UCACUUCCAAGAAGAACUCAACUUGCCUUUGAUUGCUGGCUGAGGGUCGUCCACUUUUCUGGGUUGCAGGUAUGAGAGUGCUACACUGGUGCAUGCUGGGAGUGAACAUCCUGCUGCUGGUGUGUGAGGUAACCAUAAGUCAGCUGUGCAAGUCUCUCAUCACCUUGAUGGAUGGUUUCCACACACUCUUCAUCCUUUCGCACAUGGCAAGCCUAAAAAAACCUCUGCUCUCCUCUUUGGACUCCCUUGUGUCUCCUCCACAUGCUAACUCCUCCUUGGCAGCACCUCUCUCCACCCCACCUGCAGAGUCAUCCAUCCAAUUUCUACCUGGGACUGACGGGUCUCUGAACUGUGGUGUGUCCUACACCAGCAGCAGGAUCCAGCCUUUGGGAGCUUUCAUCUCUACUGUCCUCCUGACCUCUCUGUGUUUCCCUUCCUUCUUGGAAAUCAUUAGCUUUUCUCUGGAUCCACACCCAGUGCAGCACCCCCUGCUGCUUGUGGUGGUUGGAACUGUCAGUCUGCUUUUUAAGAUACUGGUGGUCUGGCUGAACUGGGCUCAGCUGCAGGAUGAGAGGGCUGGGGCUGACGGGCAGCCGUUCACUGAAUCUCGCCUUGACGUGAACCUCAGAGUCUUGGCUGCAGAGGAAACCAAAGGGCAGGUUGAGCCUGAACAAGUCCAGGAUGACGUUAGCCAUGUCCAAUCUGCCAUGGACAAAUCCCUCCACAAUGGGGCGCUUGUCUUCUGUAACCCGGGAACUUCCAGCAUUUCUGACACUGACUCUGAAACCCGACCACCACAGCCAGAAGUCCAGCUGCAUGCAGCAGCUCCACAGGACAGAAGGGACAGUGACGCAGACAACAGUGUUGCAGAUUUAAAGGUUUGCAAGUGUGAGAGUCGUUCAGAGGACAUCACAGAGAUUUCUAAAGACAACACCUGCAUGGGACAUCCUGACAGGCAAAAUACAUCUAACACCUCCCCAGCUGUCAAGUCCUCACAAGACAUUCAGAGCCCUGUGCUAAGCAGCCAGUCGCCAGUGGGUCUCCUGUCCUGUGUCCUCGUCAUUCAGGGCCUUUGUACCUCCCUCCUGGCUCUGAUCAACAGCCUGGUGAUGCUGCUGAUCAGCCCACAGGACCUGCACAGCUCUGGGGCCUGUGGCCUCCUGGUUUACCUGGAUCCUGGCCUCUCCCUGCUGGCUGUGAUUAUACUGAUUGCCACAGCUGCACCACAGUUGUAUAGUUAUGGACUGCUGCUGCUACAAGCCACACCUCCACACAUUUGUGCAUCUGAUCUUGGACGGAGGAUCACGAGUGUCCCCGGGGUGCAGGCUGUGCACGACCUCCACAUCUGGCAGCUGACUGAAUCCAUCAUGGUGGCCUCUGUCCACGUACAUUGCCAUGCUGGGUUUCCAGCACACAGGUGUGCUGAUCUGAUGAAGAGUGUCACUAAGGUGCUGCAGAGUGUAGGAGUGAGCUGCUGCACUGUUCAGCCAGAAUUUACCUCCUGCUCUGGGUCCUCAGCAGGCAGCGAGGGGGACGCCUCCCUUGUUGUCCACAGAGAGGACCCCUCCAUGCCUUUUCACCUGCCCUGCAACCUCACCUGUGGAAAGGCCUGCGCUGGGAGCAUGUGCUGCUCUCCGUUAGAGGAAGAGACCUGGAGUCAGCAAGAACCAGCAGCUGGAGAAACACAGGAAGAGCCUCAGACACUGGUCAUCGAGAACACGUUCCUCUGACAGAAAGAGCUGCACCGGAAAUAAAUUAAUGAAUGUAAAGAAAGAAAGAUGAUGGAUGGUGCGGAAAGUUAACACAUUUAAGGGUGUAAUGUCUUUUAAAACACUGCUGGUACGUUACAUGUAAAUGUUAGUUUUGUGACUUUUACACGGUCCUGCACCAAAGAUUUUUAUGCACUUUAUGCACAAAUGAAAUUUGGUGAAAAUGGAGGCAUUUUUUUCUGGUGUUGCUUCAUUUGUAUCUGGAUCCUCU